AUGGAGCUCAGUGAGGAUCCGGGUCGCGCCUCCUCUUCCUCGGCUGAACUGUCUCCGAUGUCUCUGGGCCGCCCCGGAGUCCCGCAGGCGUCGCUCGCGUGCCUGCUCACCACAGUGCCUCGCUACGCGGCGGCUUCUCUCAAGGAAAGCUCGUCUCUUUGGGGAAAGAAUCCCGGCGAAAAGCCGUCCGCCCUGCCGAGGAGCGCCUCGGGCUCUGGCAGCGUCGACCGCGGGGUCUCGUCGGGCGUGAAGCUUCGGACGGAAACGACGGCAUGCCUCUUGAGCGGCGGCUGCUCCGGGUCGGCGGCUUUCUCCGAGUGGGGAGAAACGAGGUGUAUGUACACCGCCAAGGCGCGCUCCGCGUCGACCGAAGGCAGCGCUCGACGCGGAGACACCCGGUCCACAUUUUGUGGUUUGCUGGACGAGAGGGCCUCCUCGCGAGAGGGCGAAGACGCUCGAAAGUACACAACGCACUCAACGCAGCACAGUGUGCCUCCUCACUCCGCACACCACCGGGCGGUUGGAGAAGAGAAGGCCAACUGCCUCGCGACCGUCUCCCGAUCCUUCUCGGGUGUUGCUCACAGACGGAGCGCCGGGGUGGGUCCGCUGGAGGCUGCGCACGACGCCUCGGUACCCGCCGAAACUCGCCUUUUGCCGGCAGAACGAAGCAAUGGAGCGUGUGUGGCAUUCCAAGCAGAAACGUGCAGGUUUCCACUCAGAGACGGCGAGCGGGGCGCCCUCCCUCGCGGCUCACAGCCCGAUGUCGGCUCUGCUUCGGCCCCGAGUGCAUGCGUUUCCGGAAAAGAAACUUUGGCAUCGUCAUCAGGGAGCGAGGGAAAGGCGGGCACUGCGCGACAGCCCCUGUCCGUCGCCCCCCAUGGCGAGAAAAGCGGAGAAUCCCGCCGAGGGCUCGCCUCGAAUCUCGAGAGCGCGGGCGGCGCACGCGCAGAACAGAUUGUGAACCGAGAGAUGGUUCCCCGACCGAGGGGCGAAGCGGAGGCGAACGCGGGGGCUGUCUCCACGUGCGGAGACUGGAAAGAGCCAGAGGCGACAAGCACUGGAGCGCCCGAGACGCAGGCUGCGGAGAUCGAAGCGAAAAAGGUCGACGCGGGCCCCGGGGAUCCAGAACAAGAAUGGGACAGCGAGGAAGAGCAGGAGAGAGAACGGCGCUUGGCUGCUAACUACAAGCCUCUCUUCGUUCCAGUCGACGAAGAGCUCGGAAAGAAAAUCAACUGCCCGUUCGUGCGAGGAGAUCUGCGCAUGUAUCCGAAGAAAGUCACCCAGUUCGGCGAAGUCCACUACUCCCCGCGAUACGAAGACGACCGAUACGUGUAUCGUCACGUCCUUCUCUCCAGCGGCGUCCGAAAGGCAGCCGAAGAGAUGGCGCAGCUCCACUCCAAAACCGGAUUUCUGAGCGAGGAGCAGUUCAUUUACCAGCUGGGCAUCGAUCUCUCUCCGGGAUGGCAGCACUUUAUGCGAUUCAAAGGCCGAAUGAGAGAACUGAUUCUUCGCAGGCCUCCAACAGCCGAGGAUGAGAAGCGAGACGGUGCGCCUGGAGCGGACGACGAGAUCUCCGUUGACUCCGAUGACUCAGACUUCGACGCCAGUCGUGAGGAAGGCAAGGCUUUCAGUUCGAGUGCGCGGACCGCCCACCUGGCAGCGCCAAGUUCCGACUGUCCAGGCGCAGAACGCGUGGACCGUCAAGAACCGCAAUCCGGACUUCCGGCCUGUGAAGAAACGACUGCGGAGCCGAGCCGAGAUCCAGCUCUUCCAGGUUCGCUCUGCUGCGCGGGGCGGCAGCGGCCGGCAGGUGGUCCUUUCGAAGAAACAGGAAGAACAGACAAGGCGGUUCGGCGCAGAGCGGAGACAGGCGUCUGGGACGCCGCGGAUCCGUGCGCGGAUGCGCUGGAGGCAGCGUCUCGUGCGCCCCAGCGGGAAGUCGAGAAUCCUGACUUGGGCGGAGAACAGAACGGCGCCACAGCGGGCGCCGUUCAGCUGAGCGCGAAACCUGCGCAGAGUCGGUCCCAGGGCCGGAGAGAACAGACUCGCCUUGGGUCGGCAGCUGCGGAAAGGACGGUCGCAGAUCGGAAGAAAGGCGAGGCAUCAGGCGCUGCGUCCGGGUUCCCCAUGCGCCAGAGAAGAGGCGAAGUCGGCCAAGUCUCCCGAGAGCGCUCUUGUGUCCGUCGGGCGCCGGCGCGGAGGCGCGAAGCGAGUCAAGAUGUUUCACUCGCGUGCGCCUCACAAAUUGACGCAGUCUCGAAGCGGCUCUCGCGGAUCCCUGCUCAGAGCCGCGUGAGUACGCGCGGCGGACGGCGAAGUAGCGCCGGUUCUCAGAAACGCGUCGACGCGACCCACGAAGGCGAGACGGGGCCAGGCAGCUCCUGGAGGGCCCGAAGGCGGGCAUGUUGUGAAAAGAAAACGCGUCGCAGUUCCGAGCCAGCGAAGCAACCAAAGAGACGGCGCCGGUGUCGCGUUGCAGGCGCGGGGCCCAGUUCCCCCUGA